CGGGCCCGGGGCCCCGCCGCCGCCGCCGCCGCCGCCGCCGCGCGGGACAGAUUGAUUCACUUUGGAGCCGUAAGUACUGAUGUAUUAGGGUGCAGCGCUCAUUGUUCAUUGACGCACAGAGUCCCAAAAUGAAUAUCCAAGAGCAGGGUUUCCCCUUGGACCUUGGAGCAAGUUUCACCGAAGAUGCCCCCCGACCCCCAGUGCCUGGUGAGGAGGGUGAACUGGUGUCCACAGACCCCAGGCCCGUCAGCCACAGCUUCUGCUCUGGGAAAGGCGCUGGGAUUAAAGGGGAGACUUCCACAGCCACUCCAAGGCGCUCGGACCUGGACCUGGGGUACGAGCCCGAGGGCAGCGCGUCACCCACCCCUCCGUACUUGAAGUGGGCCGAGUCACUGCACUCCCUGCUGGACGAUCAAGAUGGCAUAAACCUGUUCAGGACUUUCCUGAAACAGGAGGACUGUGCCGACCUCCUGGACUUCUGGUUUGCCUGCAGCGGCUUCAGGAAACUAGAGCCCUGUGACUCGAAUGAAGAGAAGAGGCUGAAGCUGGCCAGAGCCAUCUACCGCAAGUACAUCCUUGAUAACAACGGCAUUGUGUCCCGGCAGACCAAGCCCGCCACCAAGAGCUUCAUAAAGGACUGCAUCUCGAAGCAGCAGAUCGACCCCGCCAUGUUUGACCAGGCGCAGACGGAGGUCCAGUCCACCAUGGAGGAGAACACCUACCCCUCCUUCCUCAAGUCUGACAUUUACCUGGAGUACACGAGGACAGGCUCGGAGAGCCCGAAGCUCUGCAGCGACCAGAGCUCCGGGUCAGGGGCAGGGAAGGGUGUCCCCGGGUACCUGCCCACGCUGAACGAAGACGAGGAAUGGAAGUGUGACCGGGAGGUGGACGAAGCUGGUGGCCGGGACCCUGCUCCGCCUGGCAGGCUCACGCAGAAGCUGCUCCUGGAAACUGCCGCCCCGAGGGCCUCCUCGAGUAGACGGUACAGCGAAGGAAGAGAGUUCAGCAGGUGUGGAUCGUGGCGGGAGCCCGUCAACCCCUACUACGUCAACUCCGGCUAUGCCCUUGCCCCUGCCACCAGCGCCAAUGACAGCGAGCAGCAGAGCCUGUCCAGCGAUGCCGACAGCCUGUCCCUCACUGACAGCAGUGUGGAUGGAGUCCCGCCCUACAGGACCCGCAGGCAGCACCGCCGGGAGAUGCAGGAGAGUGUCCAGGCCAACGGGCGGGUGCCUCUACCUCACAUUCCCCGCACGUACCGAAUGCCAAAGGAAGUCCGCGUGGAGCCCCAGAAGUUCGCCGCGGAGCUCAUCCACCGCCUGGAGGCCGUGCAGCGGACGCGGGAGGCUGAGGAGGAGCUGGAGGAGCGGCUGAAGCGCGUCCGCAUGCAGGAGGAGGAAGGCGAGGAUGGCGACAUGCCCUCUGGCCCCCAGGGCACCAGCCAUAAACUGCCCUCGGCCCCGGCCUGGCACCACUUCCCCUCCCGCUACGCAGACGUAGGCUGCGCGGGGCUGCGGGACGCGCAUGAGGAGAACCCCGAGAGCAUCCUGGACGAGCACGUGCAGCGAGUCAUGAGGACGCCUGGCUGCCAGUCGCCGGGGCCCGGUCACCGCUCCCCGGACAGCACGCACGUGCCCAAAAUCGGGGUGCUGGGGGGUGCCAUGCCUGGGCACGGAAAGCAUGCGCCCAAGUUGGGGGCGAAGCUGGACCCGGCUGGCCUGCACCUCCACAGACACGGCCACCACCACGGCCACCAUGGCGCGGCCCGGCCCAAGGAGCCAGCUGAGGCCGAGGCCACCCGCCGGGUCCCAAGCAGCUUCGCCUGGGGCCCAGAGCUGCACGGCCACACAGCCAAGCCCCGCAGCCACGUGGAGAGCACAGGUGCCCCCCCCACCGCCAGCGACAGCCUGGCCUACGGCGGGAAGGUGGGCACGACCUCCAAGAGGAGCUCCAAGAAGGCAGAGUUGGGGAAGAGCAGCAGCACAGAGGCGCCAGGCCCGUCUGAGGACGCGGAGAAGAACCAGAAGAUCAUGCAGUGGAUCAUCGAGGGCGAGAAGGAGAUCAGCCGGCACCGGAAGGCGGGCCAUGGGUCGUCCGGGGCUAAGAAGCAGCAGGCUCAUGAGAGCUCCAGGCCCCUGUCCAUUGAGCGCCCUGGGGCCGUGCAUCCCUGGGUCAGUGCCCAGCUCCGGAGCUCGGUGCAGCCUUCGCAUCUCUUCAUUCAAGACCCCACGAUGCCACCCAACCCCGCCCCCAACCCCCUGACGCAGCUGGAGGAGGCACGCCGGCGCUUGGAGGAGGAGGAGAAGAGGGCCAGCAAGGCGCCCUCGAAGCAGAGGUAUGUGCAGGAGGUCAUCCAGCGGGGGCGCUGCUGCGUCAGGCCAGCGUGCACGCCCGUGCUGAGCGCCGUGCCGGCGGUGUCCGACCUGGAGCUCUCCGAGACAGAGACGAAAUCGCAGAGGAAGACGGGUGGUGGGAGUGCCCAGCCGUGCGACAGCAUCGUCGUGGCCUACUACUUCUGCGGAGAGCCCAUCCCCUACCGGACCCUGGUGCGAGGCCGCGCGGUCACCCUGGGCCAGUUCAAGGAGCUGCUGACCAAGAAGGGCAACUACAGGUUCUACUUCAAGAAAGUGAGCGACGAGUUCGAGUGCGGCGUGGUGUUCGAGGAAGUGCGUGAGGACACGGCUGUGCUGCCCGUCUUUGAGGAGAAGAUCAUUGGCAAGGUGGAGAAGGUGGACUGACUGGCGGCCUGGCCGCUGCACCCCUGAGCGCCACGAGGGCCCACACCGGCUGCCUGCUCUCGCGAGUGCAGUGGGUACAGCUGCUGACAGGGUGGUGCGCUUGUCCAGGCAGCCCACCCAGUCCCUCUGUGUCCAGGAGGGCAGGAGUCUGCUGGGGCCCCUCCUCCCAGGGGCGUGCGAGCCCGCCCCCACGGGGAGCCCGCCAUGGGGCCGCCUGGAGACCCUGCCCAGCGACCCCGUGCUGCUAAGCGGACGCCCCCGGUGCGUGCCUGCUGUGGCCCGCCCUGGCUGGGCCCACCCCAGAGCCAGGGUGCAGGCGGCUCCGGGGCCUCUGUCCAUUGUCUGUGUCACCGAGUGCCUUCAACCAGCUUGUCUCUGGCCUGCCACUGUGUGGGCCCGGCGCCGAGCACCAAGGCCCGAGCCGGCUCAGCGGGUCCCGGGCCGCCCUCCCCAGGGCCCCUGUAAAUAUGUACAUUUCUCAGGCCCGCACCAGCGGGGGGCUGUCCUGAGCCCGUUUUUCAUGCGCUGACUUGUACAAUUAUCUUUUCAAAGGUACUUGGAUAAUAAUGAAAUAAAACCAUUUUUGAAUCUUC